AUGCUGCCCUCAUCUGUGCGCCGGGUCGUGGUCGCCACGCCGCCGGCCUCGAUCCUCUCCAACUUUGCGCCCACGGCUGCCCGCGCAACUGCCGCCUCGGCCAUCUCCCUGCCAUACAACCCCAGAAACCAGCAAAGGCGGCGGUACUCGUCCUCGAAACCUUCAAGUCCAAAUGAUUCGCCAAAGGGACUGCCGGCCGGCCAGAUGACGGCUUCGCCUGCUCAGUCAAAGUCCGCCGAGAAGCCUGCUGGCGAGAAGCGCAAGCGCAAGGCCAAGGAUAACAAUGCGACUGGUGUCGAGAAGCUCCCCAGUGUUCCCAGCACACACCAUGUGCCGCAGGAAGCUGUCGCAUUGUCCUCCUUCUUCUCCCUGCACAGGCCCAUGUCCGUGACCCAGGGCUUCCCCAAGACCGUCAGCGACGAGACCUUUGCCCAGAUUUUCGCUCCCCGAAGCAAGAACAGCAAAUACAACGAUGUCAUGUCGACGCUUUCCAGGACCGUAGAUGACCUCGAACAGCCCAUGCACGGUCUCUCCAUCGCCCCCCAGCACGAUGCUGCAGGCAUGGAUCACGCUCACGAUAACAUGCACAAGAUUGAAGUCAGGCAAGCGGAUGGUUCCGAGGGCAGCAUUCACAUCCAGCUGAACGCCAUGUCUGGACAGUUCCUGCCUUUCCGCCCACCUCCUCUGCCCCAACCCGUAUCGAACACAGCUGCCGAGGCCGGAGCUGAAGACGCCGUGGACGCUCAACCUCAGACCCGCGUCUACAAGGCUAUUUUUACCCUAGAGGAGACCACCGAGCCCAACGGCGAGGUCCGGAUCAUGGCUCACAGCCCAACACUGGUCGAGGAGAACACGGCACCACGGUCUUUCCUUGAGCGCAUGGCUCUGCGUCAGCUUCGCCGGGAACAGGUCCGUGGACAGGCCAACGAGAUGCACGCCAUCAGCGUCAAGAGGCAAAGGAAGCUCAAGAUGAAGAAGAAGAAGUACAAGAAGUUGAUGAAGCGCACUCGUACCGAGCGUCGCAAGCUGGACAGAGUCUAA